AUGUUCGAUGCUCAAAACAAGUACCUGAACUACCUCACUUACGCUGCUCAAAGCAAAAGCCUGACAGAGGCCGUGCGCACUUACCAGCAAAGAUAUCAGGACAACCCACCACCAGGUUUUGAUAUCUGGUUCGAAUUCGCGACCAAUCGAUCCGUCUACGUAUUAGAUGAGUUCAACCAGAUAUACAACGAUCUUCUGCCAUUCAGAGCUGUCCCUCCAGCUCAGCUUCGAGAACAAACAUGGGAGAUAGUAUCGAACCCAUGGAACGAAAUAUCUGGCAUUACAAUUCGUCAAGGUAAAGCGUCCGUGCAGGAAAACGUUCUACCAACUCAUCGUUGGAUGUUGGAGGGUGUUGUUCACAUCAUUGACAGCUUCAGUCAGCAUCUGCCCGAUAUGGACCUUGCCUUCAACUUGAACGAUGAGAGUCGUAUAGCUCUUACUCAAGAAUAUCGCCAGGAACUGCAGAAUACAGCACUGAACAACGGUUUCCGUGGCGAGUCGUCUUUCUCAGAUUGGAAGGAUAUUCCCGAUGAGCCGACCACAGAUACAGUUUUCGAGAAUUGGUCCUUUAGUAACACCUUCCACGAAUGGGCUGCUCAGACUUGUCCAAAAGACUCUGCUGCUCGGAAGAAUACAGCACCUUUCAGCAGAUCGCAAUUAUGUGUUCAUUGUGCAGCUGAUCAUAGUCUCGGUCAAUUUCUGGCUAACUGGUCGAUUGCUGCCGACCCUUGUCAUCAGCCCGAUCUUGCAAAUCUUCACGGAUUCUAUCUAAGUCCUGCUGCCUUCAAAGCCACUCAUCAACUUAGACCAGUCUUCUCUCAGAGCAAAGCUCCUGGAUUCAAUGAUAUACUCUACCCAAGCGCAUGGAAUUAUAUGGACAAAGUUGUCUAUGCCCCAACUGAUGCAAGUACACCUGACCGGCCAGCAUUUCCGGAUCUACCUUUCGCCGAGAAGGCUGAUACAAUGUUCUGGCGCGGUGCAACCUCUGAGGGUGUCAGUGCAGGGCUUGGAGCAUGGCGCGGCAUGACCAGACAGAGAGUGGUUCAUAUGGCGAACAACCUUACCGGCUCCCAGCAUGACACCGUGACCCUGUUACUGCCUGACCAACAGCGUCCCAACAGCUACACAUACACCACAAUCCCUGGCUCGUCCCUAAAAGCACUCGGACUCCAAUCAGAUGUCCACAUCGUUGACGGUAUCGCCCGCUGCGGCGGUCGAGACUGCGACGAACAAGCAAACGAACUCGGCCUCAUCGGCCCAGCAGACUUUCAAAGUCACUGGCAGUACAAAUACCUCAUCGACCUCGACGGCGCCGGUUUCUCCGGUCGCUUCCUACCCUUCCUACAAUCACGUUCUCUCCCCUUCAAAGCAGCACUGUUCCGCGAGUGGUACGAUAGUCGACUCAUACCCUGGUUGCAUUUUGUGCCGAUCGACCUUCGACUUCAUGGUCUGUGGUCGACUCUCGCGUAUUUCUCUGGUAUGCACGGUAUGGACGCGAAGGGAAAGCCAUGGGACUGGAAGGGCCAUCAGAGAGAGGCUGAGUUGAUUGCUGAAUCUGGGCGGGAGUGGUCGCGCAAGGUACUACGGAAAGAAGAUAUGGAAGUUUAUUUCUUUAGAUUGUUGCUUGAGUGGGGACGACUUACUGAUGAUAAGAGAGAUGAGCUGGGUUUUGUACUCAGUCGAUGA